AAUGGACUCGAUUGGCCAUUGCAUUUUUGGCAUUACCGUCUCAGCAUCAAUAGUUUCUGCACCCCUUUGAAGCCGUUUUACAAGUUGAGAAAGGGAGAAGAACUGAAUUGUUUUUCAGUGACCGUUAUUCGUGCCAGUUGAGAAAGGAAAGGCAAAAUCAGAUGUCGUGUGUAAUUAUCGACUUGGCAUACUAGAGAGCCGAGUGGUGUUAAGCUUUAUUGGUCGACCUGGUUUGUUAGAUUGCGAAUUGAUUUACGUCGCACAAAGGUAUACUGAAGAGGCAGGAGACAAGAAAAAUGUCGGCACUAUUCGCCUGUUCGCGUUGUUUCAGUCGCCAUCCUUUCGAAGAGCUAUCGCAGGGUCAACAAUUGUGCAAGGAAUGCAGAGGCAGCUUCCCCAUUGUCAAGUGCACCUACUGUCGCUCAGAGUUUCAGCAGGAAAGCAAGGGGAACACUAGCACCAUUUGCAAGAAGUGUGAAUUCAACGUCAAGCAGUAUGGCAAACCUUCAGCCUGUGAAUACUGCAACAUUAUUGCAGCCUUCAUCGGGAACAAGUGCCAGCGUUGCACCAACUCAGAGAAGAAAUAUGGCCCACCUCUAACUUGUGAGCAGUGCAAACAAAAGUGUGCUUUUGAUCGCAAGGAUGAAGACAAGAAGAAGGUAGAUGGCAAGAUGCUUUGCUGGCUAUGUACGCUAUCGUACCGUAGGGCACUGGCUAAGACGAAGCAUUCUGAACGAGGCUCUCAUUCGAAUUCUUCGAAAACUAAAGAGCAACAUCAACAGCAACACAGGAGUAGCAGCCACAAUCACCACGGCAAUCACCACAAUCAUCAUGACAAGCGUCCUCAGCGUCCUGACGUCACCAAGGUUGGACUUGGUGAUAGAGAAGAAACUGGUCCUCCAGCCAAAAUCUUUCGUCCCAUGAUCAACCGAGACGCGCUGGUCGACCCGAAUUCGUCUGAUCAUGUGGUGGCAAUCACGGAACUGCGAGAGCAAGUUGCUACUCUUCAGAAGCAAUUGACCGUCAAAGACAACCAGCUUUUGGCCAAGGAGAAACAGAUCACCGAGCUCAAAGCGGGCCAAUUCCGUUUGGACCAGGAGUUCCGUGUCAAGAUGAAGACGAUCCAGAAGGAGCACGAAGCCAAGGUGGACGUACUCCAGACACGUAUCAAAGCCUACCAGAAAGAAGUGGCCACACUGAACAAGGCCAAUAACAAACAGAAAUCUGCCCAGCAAAAGCAGUUGCAACAACAACAGAAAUCUGCAGCAAACGCCAUUGCCACUGCCAAUGCUGCCUCUUUAGGCCAGAGCAGCAAUUCGACUCCGGGAGGAUCGAAAAGCCGUCAAGGAUCGGGCUCGGAUUCCGACAAUAGCGACAUGGCGGCAGAUGCAGUCGUACGUCACACCCGUGCAACGUUAACGACAUCGUCAAGCAAAACCCAAUUGGAUGCUGAGCGUGCCCAAUGCAAGCGACAUUAUUCAAUACGGAAACAGAAAAUGACAUAUGGAGCUCACAGCGUGUUUGUCGUAACACUUUGCGAGAUGCCUCUAGGGCUGGCCAUGUAUUUCAUCGAAGACGAUCGCAAGUUAGCAGACCGACCGGUUGACAAUCAAAUGGAUCGUACGGCUCCACAGCCAUCUAGCGGAAUCGCGGCCGUUGUGCCAGAUCUGCAAGAAACGAUGUGCAUGCUCCAAAUGUUGUCGGACGACGGACCUCUGGCCGAGUUGAAACCUAAAACGGCUCUGUCUGGCAUCUCGAUGCCGGGCAUCGGCAACAUCUUUGGCGACACGAACCCAUCACGCAGGAUCGUUUGGAUUCUAGUCAUCGUCGCCGCAUUCGUCAUAGCCAUCAUUCAGGUGAAAGAUCGUGUUGAAUAUUACAGCUCCACACCGGUAACUGUCAACGUGCGCGUCACGAUGAACGACACGCUCCGCUUCCCGGUUCUGACGGUGUGCAACAAAAACAGUUUCAAUAUGAGCCAAAUCCGACUUUUAGAGCAAGAAAUGACGGGCAGCGUGAACAAACUCGAAGUCAACAUCAGCCAACUUGUCGGCCUACGAGGCAUGGACGCCAAACAGCUGUGGGACAUCAUAGCUCACGAUCCCGAUCAAUUCGUCGUCGAGUGCUGGUUUGGACGGAACGUUAGCUGCAAUCAAGUAGGCCGCUGGACCAAAGUGUACACCUAUUUAGGCGUGUGUUACUCAUUCAUCCGCAACGAAACUUGGGUGAAAACAACGGGCAGUUUCAACAACCUCUACGUCAAGCUGAAAGACGACGAGCUGGAAUGCUCGUCACUCUUGUGGGGGGCCAAGAAGGGACAUGGUGAAAGGGGCUGGAAGAUGUUGAUUCACGAUCCGCGUGACUCGGCCGUCAUCGACAUCCGCACGCACGGCAGCACUCUUGACCCCGGUUGGGGUAAAGACAUCCGCAUCUACCUCAGAGAGUUAAACUUGAUUGAAUUACCUGUUAAUCCCUCAAAACAGUUCCGCACGUUAAACGUCUGGAAACGCCCGUGUGUGAACAAUGGCAAUUAUUCAAAGUGCAUUGAACGCUGUUUCGUGGCAGCUGCCGCCGACCGGAUGACAUGCAGAUUACCUUUCAUGGACAUCAAGUCAGUGGGAUAUCAUAAUCGCCAUAUGGAAUACUGCAACACACCCGAUUCUUAUUGGAAUAAUUCGAAAGAAAUUGAUAAUCUACUCGUUUAUGGUCAGUGGACGACCAACAAUUGCAGCCACUGCCAACGCCAAUGCCACCAGGAUUUUUACAUUGCCUACACCGAAAUGACGAAAAGUAAACCCACUGAAAGUAAACUACGUCUUUUUUAUCAGGAUUUCACGUUUGACGAGAUUGAAGAAAGCGCCGACUAUGGAGCCGUUUCUCUCCUCUGCGAUAUCGGUGGAUCUCUCGGUUUCCUACUCGGUUUUUCUGUUUUGACCGUCUGCGAAAUUGUUGAUGCUAUCGUUCAAACUUGUUUAAGAUCGUGCCGACGACUUGUCAACAAAUGCCGAGGAAAGUAGCAAAAGGAACGUCAAAAUCUUUUCGUGGAAAGAAAUGGCAUCAUCUAGUCAUGAGAGAAUGGUUCAACGUUUGCAAGAUUCAAUGUUAUAUUGUCUGUCAAAAAAUAUAGCGUGAAUAGAAAUGAUUUCAAAAAAUGUUUUUCAAAUUAUGUAUUGAAAACGUUUGCUUGAAAUAGACAAAACUGCAGAACUAAAAAAAUUGAUUCAAAAUAAUGAA